AUGACGAUUGGAGCUGGUAAGUUACCCGCUUCCUGGGUUGGUCCGUGCGCUGGGCGGACAUUUUGGGCAGAAUGCGGAGUACGCUGGGACUCAUCAGCAACUGGACACUUCAAUCUUGAUAACUUCGACUGUUCUUCUCAGCCCAAGUUACGGGCAAGGAUUCGACAUGGUGAGCUUUCGGCCCUUUUCAACUUUCGCUCGCUGCUUCUUGUGCUCCUCUUGAUUAUUUGCACCAGUAGCUAUGCCCAUUCGAUAAUGCCCGGUAUCAUGGACCGGAAUCAGAACGGGAUGUUCGGGAUUUUCUGGAAGUGUGCACGUAUCGGAGAGCGACUCAGUCCAUACGUGAGCAUCUGUUGUGUUCUGAUGGCUGUGAGUUCCGUCCCAACGCGCCACACGGUUGCGAGGGCCAAGUUAUAUACUGACAAUUGCGUACCCAUAUACAGGUCUCUAUCUUCUUUGGUGGCUGAUCACUAG